AUGCCUACCUUCUCUUUCCCCGAUGAUAGCCCGGCGCCGUCCACCCCCGACAGGAGCUCGCACUUUGGCUCUGGCUCCUUCCAAUUCGGCGAUAACCCCUCGACGACCCCGGCUGGCCCUCCUCCUCCCUCGUCUGCUGCGUCCUUCACACCCGCCGGCGCGCCUUCCGAAUCAUACCUCGGCAGCUCCAUGAUGCUCGGAGUGACUGGCCAGAAGCCCACCUCCUUUGGCGGCCACAGCACGGCCGGCUCGACAAAGAACCUCUUCGGUCGGGCCCAGAACUCGCCGCAGCAACCCCUCGGCCGGUCCAUAGGGCCAUCGAGGUCGGCGAGGCAGCCGUCAGCCCUGAGCAGGGAGUACGACUUUGCCGACUCGACGCGCAGCACCACGAACAAGACCGGCACGUAUCACAUCUCCAGCGAUGAGGAGAGUGACGAAGAUGAGGAGGAAGAGGUCGACGAAGUGGCCGAGGCUGACGAGCAGAUGAAGCGCAUCUUGGAAGCCGACAUGGACGACGAGAGUGAGGAAGGUUCUGUCGAAGAGGACGAAGAAGACGAAGAGGAAUACGAUGAAGAAGGGGAGGAAGACACAGACAUGUUCUUAGACAUGCACCAGCGGGCUCGCCAACAGCAGAACCAAGACUACGACGAGGACGAGGACGAUGCGGAAGGCGACGAGGAUGAAUACGAAGAGAAUCUGGCUGAGGCGACAGAUUUCAUGGAUCUCGUCACACCUGCCGCUACCGAACAGAUGAGGAAGGAGGCCCGAGACAUCUUCCGCGCAUCAGUCCGACAACGCUCGUCGGCCGGCUCCAGAACAGACUUUCAGUACGCUUCCAUGGCGAAGAACCUCUACACUGACUUGGGUUUCGCCCAGCUCUCUGAAGCCCCCGAGCUCAUCGGCAAAACGGAGGACACCAUCAACAAGCUGUACGACGAGGGCAUCGGUGCCCAGGAGGACCCCGAGAAGCUGGACAGUGCCCUGUCGCUCAUGUGCGAGCCCUUGAUCCAGCUGUGGGACGACUACGCCGACAGCCUCCCCAUGCUAGACAGCGAGCACACGGCAGAGGUCGGCCCGGGCGACGAUGAUGAGCCGUUCCGCAAGGGGGCAUUUGUCGCGAAACUGGUGCUCCGCCUCCACAAUGCUCGCUUGGUCGGACCAGAUGCGUCCUACGUUGAACCCCUGCCAGGCGUUCUUUUUGACUGGGCCGCUCACAACCACAACAUGUAUCCCGACCAACACCACGACGUCAUGCGACACAGGCCUAGCCCGGCCAAUCAUGGCCUUUACUGGCAGACCGUCGGCAGUGCCCUCAUGCGUGGUAAUGUGGAUGGCGCCAUUGAGCUUCUUAGGGGCGGAGCGUGGGGAGGCCGUCACAAGAGGCCGCGGAGAAAAGGCCUAUCAGGGCAAAACUCUGGAAAAUCCACUAAGGACAACUGGGACAUCUUCAGUAGUGACUGGACGCUGUUCCGAAUCCAGGCCAAGGGGUCCCUGGACAAGCUCCAGCGGUUUGCAGAGGGCAAGGAGAGAGACAUGCUUGUCGAUGGCAGCGAUGAUGGCUUCCACAAUGGCCCCUCGCUGGCCAGCAUGGCGCGCAAGGCCGAGAGCCAAGUGCCUUGGGACAUUUACGAGCACCUCCAGACGAUUUACGAGAUCGCCUUGGGUGUGCCAGAUGCCAUUCUCGACACGGCACAAGACUGGUGCGAGGCGGCGGUUGGUAUGUUCGGUUGGUGGGAGGCUGAGAGGAACCACGGACACGACGUCAGUCUCCGAAUGUCUCGCUCCCGCUCCCAGGCGCUGGCCCUGCCAGCCCCUUCGCCGGGUCCUGACGCUUAUUUCGAGCGCCUCGCCAUCGCCAUCCACACCGUUGUGGAAUCCAACUUCCACUUUAAUGCCAUGAACCCUGUCGAGGUGGCGCUUGUCUCUGCGCUAGAGGGUAACUACACCGCCGUCGUCGGUUUCUUGCGGGCGUGGUCUCUGCCCGUGGCAUCUGCCGUGGCGGAGCUCGCGUCUCUGGGACAGUGGCUGCCAAAACCUGAGGCACCCAACCUGAUUGCGCUUCAAAGCUUGGAUAUGGAAGAUUCGAUAUCCUGGGAGUACUUUGCCGAGACUUGGCGAAGGACUCGCAUCGGUACGGCGAGGCUCUCUGGUACUAUGCGCUUGCGCACCGGCCGGGAAAAGGUUCGCGAGGUGCUCAAUUUGCUCAUGUCCUACUCCCUGCUCCAGUCCACUGUGUUCCCCCCGACGAACGAUCUUGACGACCAUCUCCACCGACUUCUUACGGAGCGCUCGCAAACACUCGAGCAGUACGCCAAGCAAGACCUCGAGGCUGCGCAGCUUCUCGGCCGCAUGCUCAGCGGUUACGCCACUCUCCGCAAGUUCUACGAGCUACGCGAUACAGAAGGUCUCGCCAACAUGUCUUCGUACAAGUCUCUGAACAUUCGUCGACAGGCUGCCUCGGCCCUUGUGGCUGUCGUCGCCAGCUCUGAUGACAAUAUCCGCGGUGGGCUCUACGACGAGUCAAGAGAUGCGGUCGUCAGUGAGGAUUUCCUCCUUGCCCUCCUUGGCGAGGCCCUUCCCUUCAUCAACCAGGGUUCGUCUGAGGCCAUCAUCACUCUCGACCAGAUACACACUCUUCUCAAAGCAGUCGAGGACAUCGAGACAGUCUCACCGACAGUCUUCGACGCUGCCGACGAAUACUUCAAGCUCGUUCUCGCUUCGGCCCAAGGACUCAAGGGCUCGUCCCCGCACGACCUCAUGCGCAAGAGCACCGGCGGCCUUAGCGGCUCCAGCUCGUAUGUCAUGGAUGGCAGCUCGAUGCUCGCGAGCCAACUGCAUCGCUCGGUCAGCGGUGGCAGCAGCGUCAAGUUUGGGAGCAACGUCCGGCGCGGCUGGGACUGGCGCAGCGGCCUCCUCGCCAGCGCGACGAGCAAGGAUGUCCUGCGGAUCUUACGUCUGGGGUUGUCGAAGAAUUUGUCGAAACUGUGGCUUGCCGAGGCGGACAACGCGUCUGCGAUUUAG